AUGAGUUGGUUUGGACCGAAGCCGAAGAAGCACAAGACCCGCACAGAAAAACGUCGCAAACGAGCUUCGGUAAAUGACAAAUGAAAAAUAACGCUUUUAAGGACUUCGAAGCUCAUCAGAAACAGGACGGCCGUCACAGACGUUUCUCUCCAGGAACCCAACACCCUCUAAGAAGCCAAUCUCAGACUAGACAGCGAAUUCCGCUGGAAUUCACACUGCGCCGCAUUCAGGACGGUAAGGUUCAGCGGGAUGACUUUAUGCAGAAAAAUGAGCAUCAAAGCCAUGAUUUCCAAAAGACCAACCGUUCUUUUUUCUACGGAGGCUCACCGUAUCAAGGUUAUGCGGAGAAAAAGCCCACCCCCUUUGCUGCUCCAACUCAAACUGGACGGUCCGCUUUCUGUGACACAAAAGCCACAAGCACCGGAGGUUCGUCAUAACUUUUUUUUCCAAAUUUUUACAGUAUCAAGCGCUUACGGGGGCAGCAUGUCAGUGCAAAAACACGCAAUCACCAGAGUAGACGAUGCCAAGAAUCAAAAAGCCGACGUCAAGAAAACGGAAAUUACGCAAGAUGACCAUAAAGAAAACAUAAAAUUCCAUCGACCUCCAAAGACUCCAAGUAACUCGGAAUUAAUAGAUCUUAUAUGUCAGUUUAGAAGCACGGAAGAAAGAAGAUAACAUUAGAGCUGAGGAUCGACAAGCCGGCGAAUUCCUCAAUUAUCAUACCUCCCGAAACGCAGAAACCGUUGCCGCUCUCUUCACAUUUCCCGAGCGACCAAAACCACACCUUGCUUCUGAUAAAGCUGGAGAAAAGUGUCGAUUUGACGGUUGGUUAUGGUAUGGUAUACAAGCUCAUGUUUCUAGAUAUCCAUUGUAACGACUGCAGCCGUGUGGAAUUACAGAAUGGCGGAUUUAUACACGCCAACAAACUCAACUUGCCAGAUCAAAAGGAAAUCAUCCUUACGCAGAAACCUUUGAAAGAUACUGUAAAUGACUUUUGGGAUAUGAUCUGGCAAGAGAAAGUCUAUGCCGUUCUUAUGAUAUUAACUGAAGAGGAAAUGUUGAGAGAGAAGGUCGACUUGUUGCCACAAAAACGGUAGUUGAAUCCCGUGUAUGGGCAGAUUUCUGAAACUAGGGAUAAUCGACCAUCCUGAUUUCUAAAAUUACAUUCGUGUUUUCAGAUUUUUGCUUGUUAAGUCAAUUCGGGGGAUCUGUAACUUUAUGGGGCACAAUCUUACGAUGUUUCCUAAUAGAAUUAUAGGAUACUGCUUCAGUUAAAACACGUACUCUCGCUCAUGCCCGCGCUUUGCAGAAACGACCAAAAUUUUUUAGUCGAAAGUUGAAAAAAAUAAGUCACUUUUUUGCGAAUUUUGGCCCGUAAAGUUUUAUGCCUGUUUUUAUUGUAGAGGGUGAUGUUUCCACAAAAGACUUUUUUUCUCGAAACUGGCAAAGAUACGGAUAGAAGGUGUUUUUAUUUAUCUCUGGCGGCACUCCGCGUUUCGCGUACUCACUCGGCCGCAAAGAUUGUUGAAUAUCUCGACUGCGCUUGCAAAGCGCGAGCUUGAGCACCCAGUAAAUUAUGUGGUCUAUUCCCAACGUGUGUGCAAAAUUUAAAGAAGAUUUAAAAAUGAACUAUUUUACACUACAGGGCGGGGAAGGCAUUGAAAGGUCAAUUCAAAAUAUAUAUUUUUUGAAAUAAAUUAGUUGAAAACGACGGGUCUCAGCUCCAGAGAAAUCGAGUGGCCCACCCUGUACUACUUACUUAGGAAAAACAAGUCAUGAUCUAAAAAAAUAAUGUCAUUUUUUAAAUCUAGAUGAUCUUUAUCAAAAAAAAUUUAAAAAAAUUACUAUUUAACACUACUGCUUAAGAGAGACAAGGAAAGAUUUAAAAAAUGAAUGUCAUUUUCGAAAUCAUGAUGGUCAAUCCCAUAAUGGCCCAUAAUGUGCCGGCACGCGAUAUUAUAAUGUAUAUGUUUCGUUCUAGGGCCGGUGUAUUUGGGGAUCAAAUCUUGGUGAAUUUACAACUGGAGUCCCAAGCUCACGAUGAUCUGAAGCUAACUGUUCUCGGAUUAACGAAAGGAAAUGAGACGCGACAUCUCCGAUGGUUGACUUACUCUUCCUGGGAAUAUAACCAAUGUCCCAAUGAACAGAGGCUAUGGGAGAUCCAGUCCUAUCUACGGUAAAAUUCAACGAUAUGUUUAAUCACGCACUUUAGAAAAUGUAACCGACCAGUGAUAGUUGUCAGUCUUGCGGGGGUCGGUAGGGCUAGUUCCUAUUUCCUUUUUGAGGUAGGUGUCUAACUCUGAAUCUAAGAAAUGUUUCCUGCAGCUUUUACAUCAACAAAUUCAUUCCCACAGCCUGGACGGAGUCAACAUGGACAAGAUUGUAUCUUAUAUUAGAUCGCAAAGACAAGCCAGCCUGCAAUCUCCAUUGCAAAUCGAGUUCAUCGCAAACAUGGUGAUUAAGCACUUCAAACGAAAGGUAACAUCGCAUGUAUGUAUCAAGUUUAUUACAACUCCUACAGAAGCAAAGAGCUGGCCGUGCCAAGACCGAUGACGAGAAUGAAGAGGUGUAA